AGCAAAGGAAAAGUAGGUAUAGCCUAUACAUAAGUAACCUUGUGUAGUAGAAUACAUUAUGGAAGCUGGGGCUUGUGGUUUAUGUCACAAUAACAAAGCAAAAUACACGUGCCCAAGAUGUAACAUUAGAUACUGCAUGUUGGAUUGUUACAAGAGUGACAAGCAUUCAGAUUGUUCGGAACUUUUCUAUAGGGAGUGCUUCAUUGGGGAGAUGAAAGAUAGACAUGUUUCUGAUGAAGAGAAGAUGAGACUUCUGGAAAUGAUUGAGAGGACUGAAGAGGAAAAUCCAAUUGAGGACUUCACUUUGGAGGAUGAUCUUGAAGAGAGGUUGAAGGACUUGAAUGUGGAAGAUUUGGGAGAAGAUGAAAUGGAUGAGUUGUGGAGUAGACUCACUCUUCAGGAGCAGGAGGACUUCAAAGCAGCUGUGGCAUCCGGAUCACUCAGAGAUGAACAGGGUCAUCCUGUUGUACAAUCCUGGGAGCCGUGGUGGUUGAAACAUGAAAGUGGUCUGGUGAAGGAACUUGAUGUAUCAUUACCAUACAAGUCAACAAAACCGUGUUCCAAAGAUCUAGCAAAGUCUCCAUCGCCCUUGGUGGCUUUUAAUCUGGUCAAUGUUUUGUUUCCAUAUGUUGUAUUUCAAAGAAUAUUCAACGGUUGUGGUGUAAGUGAAUUUUGUGAAGAGUUUUCUAAAUAUUGUACAACCACGUCAGAAUAUCUGCUAAAAAAUGUCAGUUUUCCAUCUGCUGAAAAGGCGAUUUCUGGGGCAACUGAAAAGUGUUUUGAGGCAGCAAAUGCUUACCAAAUUCAGGUCGAAAAAAAUUUUUUUGUUGAAUGUAUUCAGGACGUCUCGCAUCUCCUUAUUGGUCCAGAUCCGGAAAACAAAGAGCAAUAUGCUAUUCAAGCAAUAUCUGAUCUCAAACGUGGGUGCCAAAAAUGCAGAAAACUUCUAAAAACUGAAAUUGAUGCUUUGGGCAGUAGUGUAGCCUGUGAACCCCUGAAAGAAAAUCGGAAACUUUUGUUUCAAAUCGUGAAAAAGCUUGAAUACUUAAUGUCCUACUGCAGCAAACAUAAUGAAAUAUUUUCGUUCUUAUCAAUUGAAGUUUCCGAGAUUUACAAGAAGCGUUUGGAUGAGGAAAAAGUUCAAACCGAUUUAGAAACAUCAGUGGAAAAUUUGCGCAAGAAACCUGUUGAAAAGAAACCAACAAAAAAUUUAAUUGUUGAAUUAGAUUAGACAUUUUUUGUUCCAGAAAAUAAUUAUUAUGCUCCUUUAUUUUUAAAAUUGUAUUCAUAAAUUGUUCUGUCUUCUGUGUAAGUAUACUGCCAUUUUUAGUAGUAAGCAAGUUUCCUUUUUGGAUUCAUAUAGGCUUAUAUUAGGGAUGUGCCGAGCUCAAGUUCAAAUCCUAGUUUCCUAGCGUCUCCCGUUUGACUAUCUGCUUUUACAACUUCGGCACAUCCCUAGCCUAUAGGGUAGCUACCGCGAGUUACACCUAGGCCGGAGUAAAACGUUUAUUCCUUUUAUUUUUUUUGCCAAUUAUUUU